UGGUCGCAGCAAUAAAAAUACGCCCACAGGUUCAAAAGUCGAAUUUCUGAUGCAACAUUCUGGAAGAAGUCUUGAAUACGUUGGGUGGACGAGUUUCGAUCAAAGUGUUGUGAGAUAUUCAUAAAAUAAUCUAGUUAAAGUUAUUAUAAACUAUCAAAUAUUUCAGUUUUCUUUUCAGCAGUUUAAUUCGACGUGUAAAAUGACAGAAGAAGAUUCGAUCUUUGACCCUAGCUUGAAGAAGAAGAAGAAAAAGAAGAAGGGCAUGUUUGACAUCGAUGGAGAAUUUAAUGAAGCUGGUAGUACAGGUGAUGCAAAUGAAAUUACAGGCAAUAAGGAAAACCAAGAGCCUGAGCCCCUAAUGGCUGAGGAUGACGAAACGUUGGAUUUAGAAAAUUUUGGAAAGAAAAAGAAAAAAAAGAAAAAGGCGUUUAAUUUGAAUGACUUGGAUGCUGCUUUGCCGGACACUAAAAAAGAAGAUGUUAUGGAGCCACCGGUUGAAGAAACAGCCGUGGACGAUGACUUGGAUUUAGACAUGGACUUUUCUAAAACAAAAAAGAAGAAGAAGAGGAAGAAGGAUUUAGACGAAUUAGUGGCGGAAGAAGAACGCAAGGAUAUCGAAGAUAAGGAAAAUGGCUGCACUGAAUCUGAGCAAAGUGCAGAGUACGUGGAGGUGCCAAGUUUGUGGAUCGGAUCAGAUAGAGAUUAUACGUAUGAUGAAUUACUUGUACGAGUGUUUAAUAUCAUGCGAGAAAAGAAUCCUGAUAUGGUGGCCGGUAAGAAACAGAAGUUUGUUAUGCGUCCUCCGCAGGUUGUACGCAUAGGUACAAAAAAAACAUCCUUUGCUAAUUUUACAGAGAUUUGCAAAACAUUACAUAGACAAGCUAAACAUUUGCUUGAUUUUUUAUUGGCUGAAUUGGGUACUAGUGGCUCUGUAGAUGGUAACAGCCAACUUAUUAUCAAAGGACGUUUCCAGCAAAAACAAAUAGAGAAUGUCCUUAGGAGAUAUAUUAAGGAAUAUGUUACCUGUCACACGUGUCGCUCACCUGACACCAUCCUUCAGAAAGAUACUAGGCUAUUUUUCUUACAAUGUGAAACUUGUGGGUCUAGGUGCUCCGUAGCCAGUAUAAAAUCUGGGUUUCAAGCUGUCACAGGGAAACGUGCUGCUAUUCGAGCAAAAACUGCCUAAACAAUUAAUCUUUAUUUUCCACGGAAAAAAUCAUAAAUUCUUUUUUAAAAAUCUAUUUCAGCUUGCUUAUAACAAAAGAUCAUACUCCUUUAAUUUAUUAUUAUUAUUACUAUUAUUAUUAUUAUUGUUAUAUCAGUACAUAAAGCUAAACUGAAAGUAUUACUUAACAUGCACCAACAUCUCUAAAUAUUCGUCUCUAUUAAUUUGAUUUUAUAUUAUCAUAUUAAAA